UCAGCCGUAGUUGAAUUCCGGGCCCAGGUCGAUGGCGUUACGGGGCUUCGCGUUGUGGAUACCGGCGCCUUCCCAGCUGGCCCCCUUGGGCAUCCUAUGUCUUCUACUUGUGAGUGUUCUCAACGUUCUCCAUCGGAAUUCCCGUCCUAUGUGAGAUCCAACAUUGACGAGCGACCAGAUAUGUUCGCUGAGAAGAUCGCCAAGUCAAUUCUAGAAGGGAGUUGA